UUACGAGAUUUUCCGAGAGAGACCAAAGUUCAACCGGCACCGAUAUCGAAGUCAUGUCGUCCAGCAUGAGGAUACUGAGAGCUUGUAAAUUUGUAUCUUCGUCGCUUGGGCGUGUAGCACAAGGAGAAUACAGACAUUUUUUCUCAACAGGCUCUUGUAUGAAUGCACAUUUAAAAUAUGAAACAGUAGGAGAUGUAGCUGUAAUUAAAUUUGACACACCAAACUCAAAGGUUAAUACUUUAUCAAUAGAUGUACAGCAGGAGUUUGUAGAUUUAUUCAAUCAUGCAAACACAGACAGUAAAGUCAGUAGCAUUGUUGUUGCCUCAGGAAAGCCAGGAUGUUUUAUUGCUGGUGCAGAUAUUGGAAUGUUAGAAAAAUGUAAAACUGCAGAAGAAUUAACAAGUCUUUCUCAGAAGGGACAGCAGAUAUUCCAGGAUGUGGAAAACUGUAAAAAACCAGUUGUAGCUGCAAUAAUGGGUACAUGCAUGGGAGGUGGAUUAGAGGCUGCAUUAGGAUGUCAUUAUCGUAUUGCUGUUGACGACAACAAGACAAAACUAAGUGUCCCUGAAGUAAUGCUUGGACUGUUGCCAGGUGCUGGUGGAACACAGAGACUUUUAAGAGAGUUACCUGUGACAGAUGCUAUGGAUAUGAUGCUGACUGGUAAAAACAUACCACCUAAGAAGGCCAAAAAAAUAGGCUUGGUUGAUCAUAUAGUAUCUCCAUUAGGAGAUGGUUUAAAAGAUGCUGAAACAAGAACAAUGGAAUACCUGCAUGAAGUAGCUGUUCAAACUGCAAAAUCAUUAGCAAAUAGAAGUUUAAAAAAACCAAAUAGAAGUAAAUCAUUAAUGGAAAAAAUUAUGGGAAGAGUUAUGUAUUCAUUUGGUCCUGAUAUAGUUUUAAAUCAAGCUAGAAAACAAGUAAUGAAAGCUUCAGGUGGACACUAUCCUGCUCCACUUAAAAUUUUAGAUAUAGUGAAAACAAGUCUUAUGAACAAACCUGGAUCCGCAGCUGGAUACAAGGCAGAAUCGGAGGCCUUUGGUGAAUUAGGUAUGACCACACAUUCAAAAGCAUUGAUAGGAUUAUAUCAUGGACAAACUCACUGCAAGAAGAACAGAUUUGGCAAACCACAGAGAGAGACCAAGCAUAUUGCUGUUCUUGGAGCUGGUUUAAUGGGAGCUGGUGUAGUACAAGUAAGCAUAGACAAAGGAUAUCAUGUAACAAUGAAAGAUAUGUCACUUCAAGGAUUAGCCAGGGGUGAAGAACAAGUGUAUGCAGGAUUGAACAAACAAGCUAAAAGAAAGAAGAUAACUACGUUUGAAAGAGAUCAUUUAAUGUCAUUCAUGGAUCCAACAUUAGACUAUUCUGGAUUUAAUAAAGUUGAUAUGGUUAUAGAAGCUGUUUUUGAGGAUAUCAACAUUAAACAUAAAGUUGUCAAGGAAGUAGAACAGCAUAUACCUGAACAUUGUAUAUUUGCAUCCAACACAUCUGCAUUACCAAUUAAUCUGAUAGCUACAGCCAGUAAACGACCAGAAAAGUUUAUUGGUAUGCACUACUUUUCACCUGUUGAUAAGAUGCAAUUGUUAGAAAUAAUAACCACUGAUAAAACAUCAAAGGACACAGCAGCAUCAGCUGUAGCUGUAGGAUUAAAACAAGGAAAGGUUGUGAUUACAGUGAAAGAUGGUCCAGGAUUUUACACCACUAGAAUCUUAGCACCCAUGUUGUCAGAAGCUAUCAGACUGCUACAGGAAGGAGUAGGACCAAAGAAGUUAGAUGCAUUAACAAAGAAAUUUGGUUUCCCUGUAGGAGCUGCAACAUUAGCUGAUGAAGUGGGUGUAGAUGUUGCUGCUCACGUAGCAGAAGAUCUAGGAAAAGUAUUUGGAGAUAGAUUUGGUGGUGGUAAUGUCAACGUACUGAAAGAUAUGGUAACAGCUGGUUUCUUAGGGAGAAAGGCUGGAAAAGGUUGUUAUAUUUAUGAAAAAGGAUCCAAGGCAAGACCAGAAAAUCAGGAGGCAUUAGAAAUAGUUAAAAAAUACAGUGUGGAACCAUUGGCAGAGAAUACAGAUGUAGAUAUACAACAUAGAUUAGUUUCUCGCUUUGUCAAUGAAGCUGUUUUAUGCUUACAAGAGGGCAUUCUAGAUUCACCUCUUGAUGGUGAUAUUGGUGCAGUAUUUGGGUUAGGAUUCCCUCCAUUUAUGGGAGGUCCCUUUAGAUACCUGGACUUAUAUGGUGCAGGACAGUUAGUAGACAAAAUGUUAAGAUAUGAGAGUUUAUAUGGCCCACAGUUCAAACCAUGUCAGAUGUUGUUAGACCAUGCAAAAGACUCGUCAAAGCGUUUUCAUAAAGCAUAAUUAAUUGAUACUUGUGUGGACCAACUGUGAUGUAAUAAUUAGUGCUAAUUUAUGUUGAAAAUUUUUUAUCAAAAAAAAUCAUCUCAUUUUAUGACUGGAAGUUAAUCUCAUCGGGACUAUUUAUAUUUACUUCAAAAGUAUAAAAGAUUUAUUUAUAA